GACGGGACGGGGAGGCGCGGAGGGCGGCGGGGGAAAGGAGGAGGGGGGCGAAGUCCGCGGAGGCAAUUAGCGCUAAUUAACAGAGGGGGCGCCGCGGGAAGGGCAGGCACCGGAUUAGGUCAGGGUCUCGGACCGGCGAGAGAAGAAGGACGAGGAGGAGGAGGAGGAGCAGCGGUCCUGGCCGCCGCCGCGGCCCCUGGAGGGGCGGCUGUUGACUCCCGCCCGCCCGCUCCCUCCAGCCGCCCCCCGCCCCGGGGCGCCAUGGCAGUUGGCGGCUGAAGGAGCCUCAGCCCCCCCUUCCCCGGACGAGCUAAUGGUAAAGUAAUGGAUUCCAAAGAACUGCUUAACUCAUCGGAUCGAGAGGAAACCAGGAAAAAUGCGCUCAUCAGUACCAAAGGAGGGAUCGUGAUGGACUUUCACCCACCCUUCAGGGGUGGAGCUUCUGUCCAAGCCCCUGUGUCUGCAUCUCCUCUCCCCACGUCUUCUCAGUCAGAUUCCAAUCAGCAACCUGCUCUGACUGACUUUCCAAAAGGAUUAGUAAACAAUGUGCCUCAACCGGACCUGUCCAAGGCGGUCUCGCUCUCCAUGGGUCUCUACAUGGGGGAAACAGACUCAAAAGUGAUGGGCAACGACCUCGGCUUCUCGCAGCAGGGCCAAAUUGCCAUCUCUUCUGGAGAAACUGACUUCAGGCUCCUGGAAGAAAGCAUUGCCAGCCUGAACAAGUCCUCCAGCCUGGCCGAGGACUCCAAGGGAGCAGCAGCAGCGUCCUCGGAGGUGCCGCUGGAGACGGCUUUCCCGGGCAUGGCCACCCGCAACGUCCCCUUAGAGUCAGGAACUGCAGUCCAAGGCCAGGUCGGCUCGAAUGGUGGCAACUUGAAAUUGUUCUCUGAAGACCAAAGCACCCUGGAUAUUCUCCAGGAUUUAGAAUUGCCACCGGUAUCCCCUGGCAAGGAGCCCAACGGGAGCCCGUGGAGGCUCGACCCCUUGCUGGAUGAUGGUGGCUUGCUGUCCCCCAUCUCUGCAGAUGAUGCCUUCCUCCUGGAAGGAAGCCUGGGAGAAGACUGCAAGCCUCCUGUUUUGUCUGACACUAAGCCUAAAAUUAAUGACUGCGGUGACCUUUUGCCCAGUUCCAAAAUGCCAAUGCCUCAAGUGAAAACAGAAAAGGAAGACUUCAUUGAACUCUGUACUCCUGGCAUAAAGCAAGAGAACAUGGGCCCAGUGUACUGCCAGGCAAACUUCUCCGGGUCUAACCUGCUGGGUACUAAAGUCUCUGCCAUAUCUAUCCAUGGUGUCAGUACCUCUGGGGGACAGAUGUAUCACUAUGAUUUAAAUACUUCAUCGCUCGCUCAGCAGCAGGAUCAGAAACCAAUUUUUAAUAUCAUUCCAUCCCUUCCUGCCGGGUCAGAGAAUUGGAAUAGGUGCCAGGGCUCAGGGGAUGAGACGUUAGCUCCUUUGGGAACACUCAACCUUUCUGGCAGACCUGCUUUCUCUAAUGGCUAUUCAAGCCCUGGGUUGAGGUCAGAUGUAAGCUCCUCUCCAUCCACCACCUCAGCGACUACGGGACCACCUCCCAAGCUUUGCCUGGUGUGCUCUGAUGAGGCCUCUGGGUGCCACUAUGGGGUCCUCACCUGUGGCAGCUGCAAAGUGUUCUUCAAAAGAGCUGUGGAAGGGCAGCACAACUACCUGUGUGCUGGGAGGAACGAUUGCAUUAUUGACAAAAUCCGGAGGAAAAACUGCCCAGCCUGCCGCUACCGGAAGUGUCUGCAAGCCGGCAUGAACCUCGAAGCUCGGAAAACGAAGAAGAAGAUCAAAGGGAUCCAGCAGGCGGGUGCCACGGGAGCGCGGGAGGCGGCGGAAGCUCCCGGGAACAAGAGCCUGGUCCCCGCCACGCUGCCGCAGCUGACACCCACCCUGGUGUCCCUGCUGGAGGUGAUCGAGCCCGAGGUGCUCUACUCGGGCUAUGACAGCACCCUGCCCGACUCCAGCUGGCGCAUCCUCUCCACCCUCAACAUGCUGGGGGGCAGGCAGGUGGUGGCAGCCGUCAAGUGGGCCAAGGCCAUCCCAGGUUUCCGGAAUCUACAUCUGGAUGACCAAAUGACCCUCCUGCAGUACUCGUGGAUGUUCCUGAUGGCUUUUGCUUUAGGGUGGAGAUCCUACAAGCAAUCCAACGGAAAUCUCCUCUGCUUUGCACCAGAUCUGAUCAUUAAUGAGCAGAGAAUGAAUCUCCCCUGCAUGUAUGAACAAUGCAAACAUAUGCUUAUGGUUGCCCGAGAGCUCUCCCGGCUUCAAGUCUCAUAUGAAGAGUAUCUCUGCAUGAAAACUUUGCUCCUCCUCUCCACAAUUCCCAAGGAGGGCCUGAAGAGUCAGUCCCUGUUUGAGGAAAUCCGUAUGACCUACAUUAAGGAGCUGGGCAAGGCCAUAGUGAAAAGAGAAGGGAACUCCAGCCAGAACUGGCAGCGAUUUUACCAACUGACAAAACUGCUGGACUCUAUGCAUGAUGUGGUUGAAAAUCUCCUGAGCUUUUGCUUCCAGACAUUUUUGGAUAAGUCCAUGAGUAUUGAGUUCCCAGAAAUGUUGGCAGAAAUCAUCAGCAAUCAGAUACCAAAAUACUCAAAUGGAAAUAUCAAGAAGCUCUUAUUUCAUCAGAAGUGACUGCCUUAAUACAAAAGGGUUGCCUUAAGAAAAUGUCAAAUGAUAGCUUUUUUUUUUUUUGUAAAGAGAAAAAAAAAAACAAAAACUAACAGACUUGUUAAUUUUGUCCUUGCAGCGGUGUUUCUUUUGUAAUUAUGCACUACAUGUGGUUUACAGAGGGCCAAGACUUAGGCUAUAGAAGCAGCGGAUUUCUGACAUUUGGUAAAAAACUGGGGAGAGAGGAAAGGAAAUCCUGAUUGGCAGAGAUGCUCUGUCUCCCCCCGUGCAACAUCCAUGGAUGCAUCAAAACCACCGGUGAGAAGAUCUGAGGCUGUGUUUGUUAUGAACAUUCUGCUAAUUAAUUUCUGCAGUUGGCUGGAGACAAUUUUCUAGGCUUUUUUUUUUCUUUUUUUUUCUUUUUUUUUUUUUUUUUUUUAGUAAAGUGUUUUGGAUUUUUUUUUUUUUUUUAAAGUUAAGGUAGCAUUUUGGUUUAUGCAUGUAACCUGAAGAAAGUUUACAAAGUGUAUAUCAGAAAAGGGAAGUUGUGCCUUUUAUAGCUAUUACUGUCUGGUUUUAGCAAUUUCCUUUCACUUUAUAUACCGUGAACUAGGCUUGCUCAUUUUUUCUUACCUAAUUUUUUUGUAAUACUUCAAGAUGCCUAUUGUACAGCUGGUUUUUUAAGGUGGGGCAGCUCGUAGCUUUCCUAAAUGACCUCUAGACGUUGAUAUUCGUGUGGAAAUGGGUUGGACUUUUCUAACCUGAUAGCUUUCAGCUGUCAAAGUGACCAUAAAAAUUUGGCUUUUUUUUAAGGGCCGGGGUGGGUGGGAGAACACUCUCAAAUCUCAUUUAAAUAGACAGGAAUGAAGCAAAUACUUUUGGUACCUGUGCAAAAGUGUUGGAUAUGCAGAUUCAUAGAAAAUUAACCCAGUCCUAACUGGAUGUAAACGAGCAGGUUAUUUUAUAUAUUGAAAACAAAAGCCUGAUUUUUUUGCAUAUAAUGCAACAGCCAUAACUAGAAGAGUCACGGGCUGCACUGCUGCCAGAAGAUCAGUCCUGACUGCUGCCCAUCAGGAAACUUUCAGGAAAAUAUGCAUAGCUUAAGAGAAGUUUACUUCUGUGUGGAGAAACUCACGUUUUCUAUACACUUAAAUCUCUCAUCAUAAGAGUAUUUGGAGAAAAAAAAAACAAACAAAAAAACCAAACAACCACCAUGGACUUCAGAGGCAGGCGUGUAAUUACUCCCAGUGGUUUGGUUUUGUUCUGUUUUCUUGUACUGAUCCUAGCAACCUUCUCCUCGGGGAGAGGAACCUCUGGCUGCCUGGUCCCCAACCCAGUGUGAUUUGAGCCCCAUUUUCCCCCUCCCUGCCUGGUUCCCCCCCUUUCCUGGAGAGCAGGAAAGCUCCGCUACUGAUUUUUUGUGGUCUUAGAGUCGUACGUCGAACUUUCUGUCUUUGUAAGGCUGCAUCCCUUCACACAGAGUUCCUAGCGUGCCAUAUGAUCCCCCCCCCCCCAGGUCUUGUGAACUUCUCCUUGUUGCCAUUGAUAACUGUAUUUUAAAAGAAAAAAAAAAAAAAAAAAAAAAAAAAAGAAAAAAAAAAGAAAACUAAUGUUUAGAAGCUGUAGUAGCCUUUUCUACCUGCACCUUAAGAGUUUUCUGUAGCUCGAAGUUUCAAUACUUACGAAGCCACUCUAAAAAUUUGAUUUUUACUCCAAGUGGCCAGAUUGUUUGUGUAAUAGAAACGAGAAAAAUCCUCUGAUAAAAAUACAAAACCUAAUAUAUUUUUGUAUUUAGUUAUAGUUUCAAAUGUGUAUAAUCGGUGUAUUCGCUGAUUUGAGACGAGAAGGGAAGGGCUACUGCAGCUUUAAAAGCAAUUUAUUAAAUGAUUGUAAAAUAGCUUGUAUAGUGUAUAAAAAAAAAGAAAAAAAAAAAAGGAUGAUUUUUAGAUGACAGAUUGCUUUAUCAUGAUACAUGUAAUUAUAUUUUUUGUAGGGGUCACAAAUAUGCUGAAUGGUAACCUGUACCAGUUGUGGUUUGGCUGGAGGCAUCGGUGUUCCGUAUCCAAAGAAGUUCUGUGUUUAGAAAGGAAAACCUGUGUUCAGUGGGUGUUUUUUUCAGGGUCGAUUUUUGUGUUUUAUCAAAAUCACUGUGUUAAAAAAACAAAAACAAAAAAACAAACAGAAAAAAAAGACAAGAACUUGCAGUUGGAGCUUGGCUGGGAUCCUCCUAUCUGUAUGGUCGGUUACCAUUCACCCUGAGUGCCCGGGCACCUCCCACCAGGUGGGGUUCAGGUUCAUCUCAUAGAAAGCCUCACGUACCACAGCAAAAACAGCUUGGGGGAAAAAAAAAAAUAAAUCUGGCAAUAAUUCACAUUUACAGGUACCAGCAAUAUGCAGAUAGGGAGCCUGGGGUGCUCACAGGACACUGGCACAUUCCUGCUCUGCAGCAGGAGUUCCUUUCCCAGCAAGAUAGGAAGCUAAAUUUUCAUCCUUUCUUAAAUCUCUUUUUGAAUGUUUUACCUAGUAAAAAAAGAAGAAGAAGAAAAAAAGAUGCUAUAUUCAGUACUUUGGAGUAAACUAUCUUUAAUAAUAAUAAUAAUAAAAGAAAGUAAUUAUUCUCUUCUCUUUCGAAUGAUCUGUAAAGAAUAUGUACAUUUGGUAGUGGUUUAGGUAAAAAGUUCAGUAUUCUAAUGACAACUUUCACCCCAACUCACUGGGAAGGCUCUGGUGACCCGUAGAGAUACAGAUAGGAGUUUCACACCGGUGGGUUUCAGGUGGGCUCUGUCCAUGCUUUGGAGAAGGUUCUCCCAGAGCUGCAUCCCCGGAUACCUCAAUCUGAGCUCGUGUGGAAGAGCAAGUGUGUGCUGAGUGUGCAAACCCCGGGGCACCUCCACCCCGAGGGACAAAAACUCUCUUUUUUUUUUGCUUUUUUUUUAGGUUUUUUUGUUUGUUUGUUUGCUUGUUUUUUGGCCAGCUAAGAAGGAACUGCAGUGAGCACGAACAAAUGUCCACCACCCUGAGGAGGAGAGGCUCCUACCCCCUUCUUGUCUGCCUGCCUGGGGAUUCGGCUUUAGCUGAUGGGUUUAAAGGGGAGGGGGGGGAGGGAAAAUAAUUUAAAAAAAUGGAAACUGUGAUGUUAGGGGAAAGCAAUCGUCCUGUACGUGCUGUUGUUGAGUUGUAGAAACCUGUAGUGCUUUAGUAAGCAGCGAGGAGCCCGUGUGUAGUCCUUGUGGUAGCUGCGCUGUGGGUAGAGCAGGGAGCGCUGGGACUCGGUCUCUUCAGUGCCUUAUCACGAAGUGCAUCGCCCGAGGGAUCGGAGCGGGGAGGGGGCAUUGGGAGGGAGGGGGCUGGGCAAAGAGAGGUCCCAAGCCAAGCCGAAAAGUGACCUCGAAAAGUGACCUCGCCGUUUGGACAAAAAAACAAAAAAACCAAACCCAAACAGGUAGAAAGCAGGAGGAAGUGCCUGGAGGAACGUCAGCUCUGCCCGUCGAGGGGGGAGCUUCAGGGUCGUACCUUGGAGUGAGGUUUUUCCCGAGAUUCUGUGUAUUUUAUCCUAAUUAAACUCUGUCCUCAGUCCAGCCUGCAACCAGGUGUUGCCGAGCCAUCCCUGCUCCAUAGGAACCAAAUUUUCCGGACGGGAUCCCGACCUCUUGCCAGGCAGUGAGGGGCACUCGGUGCCUGCCGAGAGGCUGGGUGUGGAAAUAUCCCCCCAACCCCCCCCAAACCAUCACAGCAGAGAGUCAGCCAUCUGUCAUUAUUCUAUUUUGUAUAUUAAAGGAAAGAUAUAUGCUGGGGACAAAUCCUAUAUCAUACCGGUGUAUGGCAUUAUUAAAAGAAUCAUUAUUUUUAUCACAGUAAUUUUAAACAGCAUUUAAAAAAAUAAAUAAUUAAAAAAAAAAAAAGGUAAAAAGAAAAAAAAAAAAAAAGAAUAAAAACAAAUGAAACCCGUGACUCCUGUUUAAAAAAUAAAAGUUGUAGUUUUCUAUUCAUGCUGAAUAAUUCUGUAGUAACAAGUCUGUAGUUUUCACCUACUCAGUGAAAUGUUGGACUGUAAAAGCUUGUGUGGAAUUGUUGAACAUUUAUUUUUUCAUUUAAAUUUGCUGUUCUGGUAAUACAAAGCCACACAUUGUACAGAAGUUGCAGUAAAUGUGAGCCAUUUACAGCAAUGCUGAAUAAUGGACAGAAACCAUAUAAUAAAAUUCUGCUUUUUUCAUUAAA